AUGAAUCGAAAGACGCGAACGCACAAUAAUUACAAAAAUAAAAAUUCGAAUGAUGAUAAAGUGGAUUAUAAGACAGAUAGUGCAAAGUACGGGAGGAGCAGCAGAAAAUGCAGCAGAAGCGACGAAGAGGACAAACGGAAAGAGCAUAAUUACGCUAAAAGUGGAAGAAGCAGUGGUGGUAGAAGAAGUGGAAGCAGCAGUGGAGGUAGAAGAAGUGGAAGCAGCAGUGGAGGUAGAAGAAGUAGAAGCAGCAGUGGAGGUAGAAGAAGUAGAAGCAGCAGUGGAGGUAGAAGAAGUAGAAGCAGCAGUGGAGGUAGAAGAAGUAGAAGCAGCAGUGGAGGUAGAAGAAGUAGAAGCAGCAGUGGAGGUAGAAGAAGUGGAAGCUGCAGUAAUGGAAGCAUAAGUGGCAGGGGUUAUACCAACCAAAGUAGCACUGAAGGGAAUGGUAAGUACGGUAUGAAAUACAAAUAUAAGGAAGAACAUAAUUAUAAUAAAUAUAACAACGAUAACAGAUACAGUUAUAUGAAUGAUGUAGGUGACAAAGUGAAUACAAAAAAAAGUAGUGACAAUAAACAUAUGAGAAGAGGUACUAAGGUAAGUACUAAUAAUUCGGAUGAUUAUAACAAAUUCAGUAGAGGUCAAAACCACGACCAGGUGUAUAAUAAUAAUAGUAAUAAUAAUAAUAGUAAUAAUAAUAAUAGUAAUAAUAAUAAUAGUAAUAAUAAUAAUAGUAAUAAUAAUAGUAAUAAUAAUAGUAACAAUAGUAAUAGUAAUAGUAAUAGUAAUAAUAAUAAUAAUACUAGUAGCAACUUGUACAGCGGGUAUGAAAAUAAUAAUGGGAUGCAUAAUAACUAUAACAGUAAUGUGGAGGAUAAUAAUGCAUAUAACAGCAAUGCAAAUUUCGAAGGAAAGGUGAACGGCGAAUUUGCUGUGAGUCAUGGGGAAAGACAGCAAGACCCAUUUGGGAACGAUCCGUACGAGGAGAUGGGCAAGAAUAAUAUCAACUACGGAGGAAACUACAGCAAUAACUACAACGGCUACGACAACUACAGUAGGGAUUAUAGGAAUGAUAACCCAAACACAACUCGUGGUGGUAUCUGUUAUACUAAUAGUUUUAAUGGCAUAUAUAUGAACAGUUAUGAUAACAAUGACAGACAUGACUAUUAUGAUGAUUGUGACUACCGAUAUGGCUACUACCACCCCUAUGAGCCGAGCGCACCGAUGGGAAACGAUUUAAAUGCUGUAGACGUUAACAACAAGAAUUCGGGGGAAAAGGCUAAUGAUGGCGUUGAUGGAUCGUUUAAUGGUUCUCACAUAAAUGUGAAUGACGAGAUACACGAUUUGAAUGAAGAGGAAAAAUGUUGCUUGGAGGAUUUACUAAGAAGGUGUGAAGAAUCAAGGAAAGACAGCUCGAACAGUAUGAAUGAGUGGAUGUUAAAGAGAUGUGAUAGAUUAAAUAAUUGCAAAUAUAUAUCUUGCUAUUUUUAUAAUAAGAUAUUAAAGUGUGUAAUAUUUAAAAAUAAAUUAAAUUUAAUUUUUGCAUAUCAUGAAUUGUUAAGACAUCUUACCUUACAUAGUAAGAAAGAAGAAUUAGCAGAAUUUAAAAUAUAUAUGAACCCGAUAAUACAAGAUGCAUAUACCUGUGCUUAUUAUAAAGAUCAGAACGCGAUAAAUGUAUUACUACAGAUGGUAUAUAAGUGGAAAGAAUUACAAAUUAAUAAUUUUCAAGAAACGAAAAUACUGUUAAAUAUUUUCCAUUACGAUAGUACUGGUAGUAGUAUUGCUAUGAAUAAUACAGGAUUUAAUAAAAAUAUGAUGCAUCCUAGUAGUAAUUUAGAUAAUAAAAACAAAAAUAGGGACUAUUAUCUAAACAUUGGUACUAAUGGACCUAAUAAAUAUUUAUCGAAUUCCUCUUUUCAUGGUAAACAUCAUUUUCACAAUAAGAAUUUUCAAAGUAGAGAUAUCCCCCCGCCUCCUCCCACCGCACCUCCUGUUGGUCCACCUGCUGGACAGCAUUCCGGACCUCCUGCUUCUUUUCAUAGUGUUCAUGCGUCAAGUGGUGCUCCCCCUCCCCCUCCUGCUGUUCCGUCGAGCGAUUUUUCAAAACCACCCUACUUGUACGAUAAAUAUAAUAAAAAUGAGAUGGGUGAAUACAAACAGAAUUAUAUUACCAAUGUUGUAGUGGAAAAGGAUACGAGUAAAAAUGUGGAAGACAUUACAGUUGGCUUUUUAGCUACAUUGCUAAAGUUCAUUUCGAAAAAGGGAAAGAAAUUGCAAAAUCCACUUGUUCCAUAUACACCUAUAGAAAUUUCUUAUACGUAUCAAACACCUCCAUCUACUACUACAUCCGAGAAAUUGAAUGAAAAGAUAAAUGAUUUUUACGAUGAAUUACAGCAUAUUAUAAAUGACACAGAUGUAGAUAGUAGUGAUAUGUCUGAUACAAAUGAUAAGAUGAAUGCGUAUGAAAAUUACAAGAAAUUGAAGAAGAUGAAAAGGAUGGAAAAAUUAAAAAAUAUGGAAAAGAUGAAGAGCGGGCAAGGUAAGAUGGGAAACAUCAAGAAGAAUUGGGGAAAGGAAAAAAUUGGAAAAGCAGAUGAAGUAGUAGUAAUGGGUGAAUUAAUGAAAAGUGAAGAAAAGGGAAAAUUGGGGAACGAAGAGAAUAACUAUCACUUAGCUGAUGACGAAAAGGAAGAACAGAAUUACUCAAGUGAUGAUACGAACACGACUUUUUCUUCUAUCGAAUUGCUUGAUAAUUCAAUGAUUGAACUUAUAAAUGACAGUAAUGAUAAGUUAAGGAAAAACAAAAAAAGCAAGAAUGUUAAUUUCAGUCAAAUAGCUAUCGAAAAUGCACAGAACUGGAAUGAGGACAGUACCCCGAUGGUACCGAAUUUUGAAUUUUAUUCAUUGGCUGAUAUGGCCGAGCCGAAUGAACAGGAUGUUUUUGAAAAGUAUAGAAGAAAUAAAGCCUACGUAUACCACGAGGCCAUAGCCCAAAAGUUCUACGAUAUAAAAGGUAAGGAGAUCUAA